CGUUGCGUAGCGUUGGUGUUCGCUGUAUGUCAUUAAAAAUGUUCUAACUGCAGGUAAUCUAUUUGACUCUCGUAUAUACUUACCCGUCGAAAUAGGGCAUUGCGCGGCAUUCGAUUUGUUUUAACGGUGCCGCUUUGACAAGACAACGCUUUGCAUCGUGUUGUGCUCGCGCGAGUUUGUGUUGGCUGAACUUUUCUCGAGCCACUUGAAUAAUGACGGGUGAUGGCAAAAAUCACGACAAGGGUCACCACAGUCGAGGUCAUGACAGGGGCCAUAACAGAGGGGGCCACGACAGGAGUGGUCACUGGUCCUCGCGCAACAGGCAGCGCAGGUCUGAUGAAAAACGGAACUCGGACGUCGACGAGUCCCUGGCCGUGGUGAAGAUGUUCCGGGCGUUCCAGGUGGAACUCGACGACCGCUACGACCGUUACGAGCGCCUCGUCAAGCUGGGCCGCGACGUCACCAUCGAGAGCAAGCGCAUCAUCUUCCUGCUUCAUCGCAUAAUGAAGGAUGAUCAGAAGGACAAGGUGCUUGGUGAAGCCGACCAGAAGCUCUGCGAACUCAGCUUGUUCUCACUGCGAGAGAUUGCGAUGGAGCUGAGGGGGCAAAGCUACUACCAGUACCUCAGGGCAUUUUCGCCAGGUAUCCAGGAGUACGUCGAAGCGCUGACUUUCUUUCACUACAUCAAAGACGGCCACCUGGUCACCCUGGACGAGAUCCACAAGAACCUCGUGUACUUGGAACAGUCAGAGGCAGCUGAGAGUGAGAUGGGCGACGAGCCCGCAGCGCAGGCGCCGCCCGGCAAGUUCUCACUGGAGAUUGUCCCGUUGGACUACAUGCUGGGCAUCGCCGACCUUACGGGGGAGCUGAUGCGCAAGUGCAUCAACGCAGUUGGCCAGGGAGACCUGGAGGAACCAUUUGUGCUGUGCCGUUUCCUGCGUGACAUGUACACGGGCUUUCUUGGCUACGGCAACACCGGGGGUCGAGAGAUCAGCCGCAAGGUGUGGACGCUCUUCCAGAGCGUCCGUAAGGUUGAGAAUGCCUGCUACACAAUCAAGGUGCGUGGCUCGGAGGUGCCGAACCACGUGCUCGCCGAUAUGUUCUACGCUCCACUUCCCGAGAAGGAAUCUCCGGACUGCGGUUAAGCCACACGUUCCUUCUAGGGACGUGCUCUCCAUGCAUUUAUUUUUUAUUGCGUGUGCAAGUAGACAUUGCCAUUUGAUUGUUGGACUGUAAUAAAGGAUGUUCCAAGUUUAUUCACCA